CAAGAGCGCAUGCGUCGGACUAGUUUAAAAACAGAAAGGGGCAAUGGUAUUUUUUGCUAUAGCCUCUAAAUCAUGUUAAUUAACUUAUUAUUUAUUCAUAAAUGACAAUUAGAAAUAUAAAAUUAAUGAUUGAACCAAACCGCGGAUGAUGUUUUUUAAUCGUCAUAAAUUAUCUGAACAAAAACUGAAAGCUGAUUUUCCCCUGGAUCUGCAUUUCUAUUCGAAAGUACCACCACCGUCAACUUGGGAAGAUUUGUUGACAAUCACAAAUGACAGGAUCGAAGUCCUAAAGAUUGUAAAUUCGGUCCUUAGAGACAAUUGGAAUCUCAGUUUUACAGAGAAACGCAAACUUGUAACCAAUAGGUUAACAAAAAUAGAGAGAUUUGAUUACGUGACUCUCAUAAACAGCAAAGGACACCAAUUAUGCUCUGACGAAGAUCUUCAGAACAGAAUAAUUGACCAUACUUCAUUUACCACACUCUCAUUAGCAUUAAUUUCCGAUGAUCAGUAUUAUGAAGAUUUCCAGAGGCUCGAGGAAAAAUUGUUUAAUAUACGGGUUUCAGCUCUGGAUGAUGAAGGACUGCUGAAUGUCAUAAAUAUUCAUACUCCAUAUCCUCAGCUAAACGGCUGUGAGAAACAAAAGCUUAGACCAAAACUUAUAUGUUUUUUACAAAAUCAAAGUAUUUAUGAUGCGACUAAAUAUUUUAAAGUUCCAAUAGCAAUCAUCUUAGGAUUUAUAAACCCCCAUCAAGUAUAUUUUAAUAAAGGAACCGCUUUUAUACCAUUUUUUUUAAUGAAAAAAGUUUUGUCUGCUCUAUUUCGUAAGCAUCUACAAGAUCAAAUUAAUUCAUGGGAUGUGAACUUGAUGGAGAGAUAUAAAAAAUAUUUUGAACAAUACGAUAUAUUUGUUAACAUGAUGGAAAGUGUUCGUGAUAAUUUUAAAAGAGUACAGCAAUUGGCAGUAUACGAUAGUGGAAUAACAGCUGAGGACGUCGAGAAAAUCUAUGACAAAUCAUUUCCACCUUGUAUGCGAAAUAUACACGAAGUUCUUCGUAAAAAUCAUCAUCUGAAGCACGAAUCACGACUGCAGUACACUUUAUUUUUGAAGGGAAUCGGUCUUCCUGUUCAAGAAUCAUUGAAAUUAUUCAAAAAAGAAUUCACUAAGACAAUAAACGGCGAGUUAUUUAAUAAAGAGUACAAGUAUUACGUAGAACAUGCCUAUGGAUUGAGAGGAAGUAAGAGAGACUAUGAUCCUAAAUGUUGCAGUACCAUUCGAAAUACUGAAACAGCACUUGGAGACUGUAACGGUUGUACUUUUCGUAUUUCUCAUGCUGCUGAUAUUGAAGAUCUUGGCAGGAAAUUGUCUCAGUGGAAAAUUCCAGAGCCUGAUAAGAAUAGUAUCGUAACUGAAAGUAGACUUGGAAACUGUGGUACUGCGUGUGCUCUGUACUUCGAGACGAUAAAUGGUUGUCAAAUGACUGAAAUGAUUGAUCAUCCUAAUCAAUAUUUCAAAUACAGCCGCUUUGUCAAAGCUAAAGGUCUUACGGGGGAUUCUUGUUUUGGAAACUCAGAUAAUGUUGAUCUUGAUUAUGAUAAAUCACUUUUAAAUUUCACGAUUGAGGAAAUAAAUAAUGAGGUAGAUUUAAGUGAUGAUAAUACUGAAGAUUUAAACGUUAUUCCUGAUGCUAAUAAAAGAAAAGCUGUAGAUAUAGAUAGUGAUGAUGCAAAUGUACCUGAAAUAGAAAAUAAUAGAAAUAAAAAAGUUAAGAUUAAUCCAGCGGAUAUAGAUAAUUUAUCAAAUGGCCAAGAUAAAGAGUUGGAAAAUAAAACUGAUCCUCGUACAGUAAAUAAUUGUAAUGAUAGUAAACCAUCUACAUCUUCAGGAGUUUCAUCAAAUAGUGAUAAAAUAUACUCAGAUAUGAAAAUAGAUCGAAACUUCGGAAUAAAUGAUGACGAAUUUCUAUUAAUCCGAGAUCUGGCUGUCGAAUUUGAUGAAAUAAUUCCUAUUGAAAAUAUAAAAACAGGUUCAAUUAUUUACACUCCUCGAGGAUGCGGUUGACUAGAAAAUUUUUACAUCCACAUUUUA